AUGCUGCAUAUUACGCCGUUCUUCACAAUGUCAGCCCAUCUUGUCGGCGUCAACAAAUACUGGAAGAGCGCACUGCGAGACGGUGUGGUGGCGGCAUGGUGCGGUAGCAGAAUGGCGUCCCCGCUAUGGAUAGCCGUGCUCGCGAUCCUGGCGCCCUCUGCGGGAGCUCAAGCGAUCCAGGAUAGCAGGUGCUACCUGAUGAACGGAGGAGCUGUGGAGAGCUUCUUCAUCAGCGAGGACACACCAGUUGGCAGCGUCAUUGGCACCCUCAGCGUGAACGGAGACCCCGGCGCGUCGGGGGACAUCUCGCUGUCGCUGCAGGAACGCGACGCGGCGCUGGCCAUCGCCCCCGGCACCAAGAACCUGACCCUGGAGCGCGCCCUGGACCGCGAGGAGCGCGAGGGCCCCUCCAGCCUCUACGUCAACGUGCGCUGCGAGAGGCGCCGCACCGCUGACCCGGGCUUCCUCGUGCCGGUGUCGGUGCGCGUGUGGGACGUGAACGACAACGCGCCGCAGUGGCUGGGCGCGCCGUUCCUUGCGCGCGUGUCGGAGCUGGCGCCGGCGGGCGCGCGCGUGCUGGCCGCGCCCGCCGCCGACGCCGACCAGCCGGGCCCGCACGCCGCCGUGCGCUACUCCGUGCUGCCGGGCCCGCACGCGGAUUACAUAGGCUUCGCCAACGAACUGGACAGCAUGCUGGUGGUGAAGAAGCCCCUGGACUACGAGACCGUGAGCAACUUCACGGUAAGACUUCGUGCGCAGGACCAGGGCACGCCGCCGAGGUACAACGACACGGAACUCUUUGUUCAGGUGCUGGACGCAGACGACCAAAACCCGAAGUUUACUCACGAUCACUACAUCGCCAUUCUGCCCGACGACGCGCAAGAGGGGACGGUGCUGGAGACGCUGCCGGGGCCGGUGGCGGCCGCGGACCAGGACAAGGGCAUCUGCGCGCCCCUGCACUACUCACUGGCCGCCACGGCGCGGCCUCUGCUCCUGGUGCACAGGGACUCCGGCCGCUUGGCCACCACGGCGCAGCUGCUGCAAGCGGACCUGCCCCUCACGUUGCUCAUCAAGGCGACGCAGGUGGACAACGCGGACCGGUACGCGCUGGCGGCGCUGGAGGUGCGGCGGCCCGCGAGGGCGCCCCGCCCCCCGCCCCCUUCGGCCCCUUCGCCCCGCCCCCCGCCCUCUUCGCCCCCCUCGCCCCCGCCCCGGCUCGCCUUCGAGCGGCGCGCCUUCGCGGCGCUCGUGCCGGAGGACACGCCGCCCGGCGCCGCGCUGCUGCCGCUGCGCACCAACGCCGCGCACCAGCCGCCGCUGCAGUUCUACGUAUCGGACAAGAGCUUUCUAGAGAAGUUUGCAAUAAACAACGCUGGCGAAGUUGUGCUCCGUUCGCCGCUCGACUACGAGGUCGCAGACUCUUACCAAUACCAGGUCAUGGUCACCGAUGGAGUCAACAACGACACGGCGACGGUGAACAUCAGUGUGGCGGACGUGAACGAGUGGGAGCCUCGCUUCCGCCAGCCCAGAUACGAGUUCCGGCUGCCGGCGGGCGGCGGGCUGGCGCAGAACGCCGUGCUGGUGGGGCGGCUGGAGGUGCACGACGGCGACCGCGGCGACGCCGUCUCGCUCGCACUGCACGGCGACGACGCCCCCCUGUUCUACAUAAGCAACGAGGGCGAGCUGUUCCUGCGCCAAGAGGCGUUGUCCGGGCUGAACUCGUCGAUGCUGCACGUCGUCGCCACCGCCACCGACUCUGGGGUUCCGCCGCGACAGACGUCGGCGCUUGUGGCGGUGGCGGUGGCGGCGCGCGGAGGUGGCGGCGCGAGUGGUGUCGCAAGUGGCGGGGGUCGCGGCGCGGCGCUGGGCGGGCUGGCGGCCGCGCUGGCGCUGCUCGCGCUGCUGGCCCUCGCGCUCGUCGCGUACGCGCGGCGCCAGAGGCGACGAAAACGCACCGAAGAGUCUGUCACCAUGCCAACGGAGAAGGCGGCAGUCGGCGUCGGUGGCGGUGCUGGUGGUGGAGCUGGUGGUGGUGGUGGUGGCAGUUCGGGCUCGUUGCUGAGCGUGUCGGCGGGCGCCAGCACCAUCCUCGCCGGCUCCAGCGCCAGCCUGGAGCGGACGGACGCACCCAACAGCGCAAACGCGAACAGAAAGUCGCAGCGGUUCCCGGCCAAGAGCAGGGUGGCCCCGGUGCCGGCGGGGGGCGUGGGCGUGGGCGUGGGCGUGGGCGUGGGCGCGGGGGUGGGCGUGGGCGUGGGCGUGGGCGCGCUGAUGAGCGACCACGUGGGCGCGCGCCCCGGCGGCCGCUCCGGCGUGGCCUGGCCCAGCGCCACGAUCCCGGCGCGCGUCAAGAAGCUCAGCUGGGACGACGCGCAGGGGGGCGGCGAGGGGGGCGGCGAGGGGGCGCGGGUGAACGAGGCGACCAACGCGGCGGUGGCCGAGAACAUGAACCUCACAGUGUACUUC